UCCACUUCCUGCAUUGGCUCACUGUGCUGUAGUGCGGCUCAGACUCACUGCGGACGAGCUAGCAGCUAACACCCCGACAGAAAGCUACAAACACAGUCCGUUUAGACCACCAGUUCCCCCGCGUCCUCGUCGCUGAACGUCGCCCAGGCCGCAGAGUCCAAACCAUGGUCGGCGUCAAAGUGAUCGGGAGCGACCCGGACUUCCAGCAGGAGCUAACGUCCGCCGGCUCCCGGCUCUCCGUGGUGAAGUUCACAAUGGCUGGGUGUCGGCCCUGCAUCACGAUAGCUCCGGCUUUCAACGCGUUGAGUAACAAGCACCCACAGGUGGUUUUCCUCGAAGUUGAUGUCCGCGUGUGUCAGUCGACGGCGGCGACCAACAACAUCUCAGCCACGCCGACGUUCUUGUUCUUCAGGAACCACGUUCGGGUGGACCAGUAUCAGGGGGCGGACGCCGCGGGCCUGGAGGAGAAGAUCAAACAGCACACGGAGAACGACCCCGGAAACAGCGAGGACUCCGACAUCCCAAAGGGAUACAUGGACCUCAUGCCUUUUGUCAAUAAAGCCGGCUGCGAGUGCCUCAAUGAGAGCGACGACUGUGGCUUCGACAACUGCCUAGUCAAAGACUCCUCCUACCUGGAGUCCGACUGCGACGAACAGUUGCUGAUAACUAUGUCCUUCAACCAGCCGGUGAAACUCUUCUCUAUGAAGCUACUGUCGUCAGAUUUUGCCCAGGCCCCGAAGGUGCUGAAGGUUUUCAUCAACCUCCCCCGGUCAAUGAGUUUUGACGACGCCGAGCGGAGCGAAGCCACCCAGGCUCUGGAGCUGUCGGAGGAGGACUACAAAGAGGACAGGUUGAUUCCCCUGCGCUACGUCAAGUUUCAGAACGUGCAGAGCGUUACGUUGUUCGUCAAGUCGAACCAAGGAGACGAGGAGACGACAAAGAUCAACUACCUGACGUUCGUCGGCACCCCGGUACAGGCCACCAACAUGAACGAUUUCAAACGGGUCGUGGGGAAGAAGGGAGAGAGUCACUGAAGAAAAGAAGAGGUGGAAGAGAACAGGAGGAGGCUACAGACACUUAGGAGGACUUUCACUCUGCCAAAGCUGCCACACACUCUACAGACACACACACACACACACACACACACACACACACACACACACACACACACACACACACACACACACACACACACACACACACACACACGCACGCCUCCAGCCAUCCUCCUCGUACUCUGAAUCGAUUCUCCGUCUGAUUUGGAGUCUACAAAUCAUUUGUAUUGUAAUUCUGAUGAAAAUCACUGUAAAUAAAACACGAUUCCUUUUUCAAAGGCA